GCAGUCUGCACGAUGGCGCUAUCUUCUGAUAUCGAUUUCGGUCCAAUGGGACGCAGAACGCUCGUGUCCCGUUAAUCGCGUUUCAUACUGUUAUUUUCCAAAAGGGAACCGUUUUUUUUCUUCGUACUAAACACCCUCUCGGCGUGAUAAUGUCAACUUGCGGAACCGUGGUGUGCGGUGUCAGCAGGUGAAGUUCACUGGCAGUUUGUUCGCUGGGAGUGGCCGUUGCCAUCUCGCCUCUACGCAGAUUUGUAAAUAGUCGGGAUUAAAAUGCGAAUAUGUGUGCUCGGGAUAUUUCUAAAUUAUAUUAGCAUCGUGUACGGUGCCGCGGGAAUGAAAACUUUCGAGGCAAAUCCUGACACGAAGAGGCUUUACGAUGACUUGCUGUCUAAUUAUAACAGACUCAUCCGCCCAGUCAUCAAUAACACCGAAACGUUGACGGUUUGGCUCGGCCUAAAAUUGUCACAGUUAAUAGAAAUGAACUUGAAGAAUCAGGUGAUGACCACGAAUGUCUGGGUGGAACAGAAAUGGUUUGAUUAUAAAUUGCAAUGGGAUCCAGAGGAGUACGGUGGCGUGGAGAUGCUUUACGUGCCUUCCGAAAAUAUUUGGCUGCCAGAUAUCGUCUUAUACAAUAACGCCGAUGGCAACUACGAAGUAACGCUGAUGACGAAGGCGACGCUGAAGUACACAGGCGAAGUGUCUUGGAAGCCUCCAGCGAUUUAUAAGUCAUCCUGCGAGAUCAAUGUGGAAUACUUUCCCUUCGACGAGCAAUCAUGCAUCAUGAAAUUCGGUUCAUGGACGUACAACGGCGCUCAGGUAGAUCUGAAGCACAUGAAGCAGAUACAAGGCAACAAUAUGGUAGAGUCAGGCAUCGACUUGAGCGACUUCUACUUGUCUGUAGAAUGGGACAUUCUCGAAGUUCCAGCCUCCAGAAACGAAGAGUAUUAUCCGUGCUGCACAGAACCAUAUUCUGAUAUCACAUUUAACAUCACGAUGCGGAGGAAGACGUUGUUCUACACGGUCAACUUGAUCAUCCCCUGUGUGGGCAUCACUUUUCUCACUGUCCUCGUUUUUUACCUGCCGAGCGACUCAGGCGAAAAAGUCUCACUGUGUUCCUCGAUUCUGCUCUCGCUUACGGUGUUCUUUUUACUACUAGCCGAAAUUAUACCGCCGACAUCGCUGGCCAUACCACUUUUAGGGAAAUACUUGCUGUUCACCAUGAUCUUGGUCACUCUAUCGAUAUGGAUCACCGUAUGCGUUCUAAACGUCCACUUCCGAUCUCCAUCCACGCACAACAUGUCUGACUGGGUUAGACAAGUAUUUCUAAAUUGGAUGCCUCGGAUGCUGAUGAUGCGUCGGACACCAUAUUCAACCCCUGAAUACGAUGACACUUACAUGGACAGCGGCUAUACUAACGAAAUAGAUUUUAGCGUUAGCGAUUAUCCGCUGGAAUUGAAAGGAAGUCCGGACGGGUUCGAGAGCGUCACCUCGCAGUUAAAAAAUAUUCGAGAGGACGACGCCCGACACUUUCCGCAUGCAUCAGUUACUGACAGUGAGAAUACUAUGCCAAGACACUUGUCUCCGGACGUCAUAUCAGCCCUGAAGGGUGUGCGUUUUAUUGCUCAACAUAUAAAAGAUGCGGACAAGGACAACGAAGUGAUAGAAGAUUGGAAAUUCGUAGCAAUGGUGUUGGAUAGAUUGUUUCUUUGGGUUUUUACUUUAGCAUGUAUCGGAGGAACCCUCGGUAUAAUAUUCCAGGCACCUAGUCUAUAUGAUACAAGAGAACCCGUGGACCAACAACUCACUGGAAUAUCAUUUCGCAAAUAUAUGUAUCCAAAUUUAGAAGAAAUCCCGUCGAAAGCAACCGAAAGUCCAAUAACAAACAAUUAUUAACCUUGAUCCGCUAACGAAAAAUCAAUAAAGGGUCGAAUAGUCUAGAAAAAGAAAUGAAUACUCAAGAUUCGAUUGCGUUGAACAACUACAAAACACCUAACACCAAGGUUAAUAAAAGGCUUGAGCUACGAAACAAGCGAUUAGUCUUUUUUUAUUCCGUUGAUUGACACCGACGGAAUGACCACUCUACAAUGAUUAAAAGUGUAUUAAAAUA